AUUAAUGCCAAUAGAAAUAUAAAAGUCCUAAUUAAAAAAGAAAACAAUUUGACAAAAAUAUUGAAUACAAUAUUGGUUAUAUAGCAUAACAAGUGAUUUAUAAGCUUUUUUAGGCUGGUCAUUUUUGACUGGGAAAACAAAAGGUGUUAUAGGGUUCUGAACACAACCUGAAGGUUAAAUAACUUUAAUUCAUAUUGUUUACUCAUGGCCUCCUCAUUUUCAGCGGGGGACUGCUCAGAAGCUGCUUGCAUAAUAUUUGCAAAGUCUAUGAAUCGCCAUGUAUACACAAAAGGGUAAUAUUUUAACAAAAAAAAAUUUUGGCUUGUAAAUAGUUUGACAACGGUAUUAGCUGAAUAAUUACGUUGCUAAUGCUAAUGAUUACUAGGCUUAUUUCUCUUUAAGGUACCUGUUGUCACAUUUGUUUGUCCUCUUGAAAAUAAAUCUGUAAGUUUGGCACAUUUGGCAGCAUCCUCCUCCAAUGUAUUUUUUCUUCAACCUGUUUUUUACGCCCUCCUCCUCUCAGACGCGUAUUGUUACGGUAGAGCCGGCCCAGACUACCGGAGAAAAGUUUUCUUGGACGUGCUAUGGACCGAACCAACUCUAUGGGAGGGGAGGGGAAAACUCCUUCACAUGGUACAACCCAUGCAGAGGCUGCGCGCUGCAGUGUCAAUGCGAAACGUGUGAAGUUUCAUUUGAAGAUAGACUCACUAACGUGACAAAAAAAAAAAACUCGACCGGCCCAAAAGUGAAGCGGCCCACCGGGAAUUCUCCCGGUUCUCCCGAUUACCCACCCCGGGCCUGGAUUCAUCAUUGAUGAUUCUUCAGGAUCAUGGAGAGCCGCUCAGAACAUCUGCAGAGAGCAUCAUACUGAUCUGACCAGUGUGAGGAAUCAGACUGAGAAUCAACAGAUUCAGAACAUCAUGAAAGACAAAAACAUAUCUGAAGCCUGGAUUGGUCUGUUCAGUGACUCAUGGGAGUGGACAGAUGAGAGUGACUCUGGAUUCAGAUACUGGGUGCCUGGUCUACCAGAUAAUAUUGGUGGUACUGAAAAUUGUGCAGUGGUUAGAACGUUUCAGCAGGGUCAGUGGAAUGACUUGACAUGCAGUGAAUCUCGUACCUUUGUGUGUCAAGAAGAUAAUCUGAUAUUGAUCAAGAAGAAUCUGAGCUGGUCUGAUGCUCUGAGAUACUGCAGAGAGAAUCAUGUGGAUCUGGUUUCAGUUGAUUCAGAGGAGAUUCAGUUCAUGGUGACAGAUAUGAUUGAUCGGGCCUCUACUGACGCUGUGUGGAUGGGGUUACGUCACUCCUGUGCUGUUGGACUUUGGUUCUGGGUGAAUGGAGAGAUGCUGUGUUAUCGGAAUUGGGCUCCAGGGAACGAAACCGCAGUGGACGACUGUGACAAUGAAGUGAAAUCUGGAGCAGUUCAAUCUGGAGGAGAUCCUCGCUGGAUCAGCAUUCCUGAAUCUCGAAAACUCAACUUCAUCUGCAUUAGAAAGGAAAAAAAUAAUUUGGAAAAAUGAUCUGUGUCUAUCACUUUCUUUGUUCUUUGUAAAAUUGUUUAAGUUUUUUGGUUCUUUAGCAUUAGGGUCCAUCUACCUAACCCUAACAUAUUA